AUGGGCAGCAAGCGCCGCCUGGCCAAGCUCGGCAAGGAGCAGCGCAAGGGCAUGCGCGGCUCGGCGGCCAACUACAUCACGCGCAGCCAGGCGCUCAAGCGGCUGCAGGUGACGCUCAAAGACUUCCGCCGCCUGUGCAUCCUCAAGGGCAUCUACCCGCGCGAGCCCAAGAAGAAGCCCUCGGGCAAGGACAAGACGUACUACUACAUCAAGGACGUCAUGUUCCUGGCGCACGAGCCCGUGCUCGAGAAGUUCCGCGAGUUCAAGACCUUCAUGAAGAAAGUCAAGAAGGCCAUGGGCAAGAAGGACUACGAGGACGCCAAGCGCAAGCACGAGAACCGCCCCACGUACGAGCUCGACCACAUCGUCAAGGAGCGCUACCCGCGCUUCGUGGACGCGCUGGGCGACCUGGACGACGCGCUGUGUCUCGUGCACCUGUUCGCGCUCAUGCCCACGGGCAACGGCAUACACGCCGAGGUGACGAGCAUGUGUCUGCGCCUCGUGCGCGAGUGGCAGAACUACGUCGUGGCCACGCGCGCGCUCACCAAGGUGUUCGUGAGCAUCAAGGGCAUCUACUACCAGGCCAACGUGCAGGGCCAGACCAUCACGUGGCUCGUGCCCCACCAGUUCACCCCCACCGUGGACAAGCGCGUGGACGUGCGCGUCAUGCUCACGUUCCUCGAGUUCUACGAGGUGCUGCUCAAGUUCGUCAACGCCCAGCUCUACAUGCAGAUCGGCGUGGCCUACCCGCCCAAGAUCAACCUGCAGCUGGAUGCCGCCGGUGCGCAGCUCGCGGCGAUUGAGCUGGAGCGCGUCAAGGAGGACGAGGACAUGGCGAACGCUGAAGACAAGGACGACGACGAGGAUGGCGAGGCCCCCAAGGACAUUUCCCAGCAGCAGAAGGAGUCCGAGAAGCGUAUCAAGACGCUGAGUGGCGCCAUCGCCAAGGACGUCGCCAACCCCGUUGAGGAGUACGAUGAGGAGGACGAGGACGAGGCCUCGUACGGCGAGAUGAGCGAGCCUCUUGAGGCCGCCUUCGCGUCCAACCAGCUGGCUGCGCAGAUCUACAGCGAGCAGCGCAAGGAGCGCAGCGAGAAGAGUCUGUUCAGCGGUCUGACCUUCUUCCUGUCGCGCGAGGUGCCGUCGGCCUGCCUGGAGCUGGUGCUGCGCUCGCACGGCGCUACGCUCGGCUGGGACGGCGCCGGCUCGCCUUUCGACGAGAAGAGCUCGCGUAUCACGCACCACAUCAUGGAUCGCCCGCACCAGGGUCACCGUUACUUCAACCGCGAGUACGUGCAACCGCAGUGGGUGUUCGACUCCGUCAACAACGGCAUUCUGCUGCCGCUGACUCGCUACGUGCCCGGCGCGGAGCUGCCGCCUCACCUUUCGCCCUUCGUGAACGACGACCAGGAAGGCUACACCCCCGAGUACCGCAAGGAGCUGGAGAAGCUCAAGUCGGCCUCGCAGGUGCUGCGCGAGGUCGGCGCCGUCGGCGACGAGGGCGCUUCGGACUCCGAAGACGAGGACGCCGAGGAGCAGGAGGAGGCUUACGCCGCUGACCUUAAGGCCGAGAUGGACGGCAAGCACGCUGAGAAGGACGGCAGCGAUGACGAGGAGGAGGACGGCGAUGAUGAGGAGGAAGAGAGCGGCGAUGAGAAGGAUGCCGACGAAGAGGAGGAGGAGGAAGAGGAGGAGGAGAAGACGUCGUCGCUGAAGCGCAAGGCGGACGCUGCCACCACCGACAAGAAGUCGAAGCGUGCCAAGAAGGAGGAGGAGGCCGCGGAGCUGAAGGAGCUGGCCAAGACGAUGAUGUCGAAGAAGGCCAAGCGUCUGUAUGACCGCAUGCAGUACGGCCUGGGCAAGAAGGCCGACAAGAUUCAGAAGCUCGAGGACAAGCGCGCCAAGCUGGAGGCCGAGAAGAAGACCAAGGAGGCCGAGAACACAUCGAGCAAGGAGGUUUCCAAGAAGCGCAAGCGGAAGACCAAGGGCAAGAACACCAAUUAG